AUGGAGGAGGAAACCCAUAUAGAGAUCGAGAGGAUGGAUCCAGAGACGGCGUUUCUUCUCUCGAAGCGACAGACUGGGAACGAGUGGGAGCUUUUUUUAAGACUGGGACUAGAGACUAGGAAAUCUCUUCUUGACAACCGAAGGUGGAAGAAGUUUAGGGAUCACAUUCCUGCUGCUUGUAAAGACUCUAUGGCAAUUUUGUUCAUGUUUGAUCUAACAAGUUGGUGUACACUAAAUGGAUGUUCAUCUACAUCAAUGUCUUACAAAUUAACAACAACAACAAUACUGGGAAAUCAAUCUUCGUUUGAUAAUGUGUUUCCUCUCACACCUAUCUAAUA